CUUCAUGUAUAAGUCUAAAUUUUUUGUUCUGCUACAAGAAAAUUACAAAUUCUCUUCAAAACACCCAUAUGGAUUAUCUAACACUUCUUCUUGUACUGUCCUUUGUGUGGACAUGCAUUCAUGUCUUCCGGUCUAGCUCCACCGGCCGGGCCGGGCUUCCGCCAGGCCCGAACCCUUUUCCGAUCAUCGGAAACAUUCUGGCACUUGGCAAAAGACCCCAUGAAUCACUCUCCAAUCUCUCCAAAAUUUAUGGCCCUCUAAUGUCCCUCAAGCUAGGGACCAUGACAACCAUUGUUGUAUCAUCACCAAGUAUUGCCGAACAAGUGCUACAAAAACAUGACCAAAUUUUCUCUAGCCGAACACUCCCAAAUGUUGUCCAAGUACUCAACCACCACAAAGCUUCCAUAGUGUGGUCGUCGGCGUUGAGCCCUUGGCGAAACCUCCGAAAGAUAUGCAAGGAACACGUGUUCUCCACGCGUUGCCUCGAUGCAAACCGAGGCCUUAGGCAAAAAAAGGUACGAGAGCUUCUUGAUUACGUCAAACAAAGUUGUGAAAAUGGCCAAGAAGUGGAUAUUGGAAAGGCUGCUUUUACAGCCACCCUUAAUUUGCUAUCAAACACCUUCUUCUCCAUUGACAUAGCUCACCAUAACUCAAACUUUUCUCAAGAGUUUAAGGAUUUGGUAUGGGCCCUAAUGGAAAUUGCUGGGAAACCUAAUAUUGCAGACUAUCUUCCAUUGUUUAAAUUGAUUGACCCACAAGGUUUACAAGGUCAGACAAAAUCUUAUAUGCAAAGGUUAUUUGAUAUAUUUGAUGGGAUUAUUAAUCAAAGGUUGCAAUUAAGAGCUUCUGUGUCUUCUCCAACUAUUGAUGAUUUCCUAGAGGUGCUUCUCAAUCUCAGGAAAGAAAAUGAUACCCAGUUGAGCUGCAAUGACAUAAAACACUUAUUUCUUGACUUAUUUGUUGCAGGAACAGACACAACUUCAAGCACUGUGGAAUGGGCAAUGGCAGAAUUACUAAAAAGGCCUAAAAUUUUGGCAAAAGCACAAGCUGAGCUCAAAGAAGUCAUUGGUAAUGAUGGAAUAGUGCAAGAAGCAGACAUCUCUAGGCUACCUUACUUACAAGCAGUUGUAAAAGAAAUCCUUCGGUUGCACCCAUCAGCACCAUUACUACUCCCCCAUAAAGCCGAAGCUAACGUAGAAAUAAGUGGUUUCAUGGUGCCCAAGAAUGCACAAGUUCUUGUUAAUGUAUGGGCUAUUGGGCGAGACUCAAGCAUAUGGUUACAUCCAGAUUCAUUUGUACCUGAAAGGUUCUUAGACCUUAAAGUUGAUAUGAGAGGCCAAGAUUUCGAGCUCAUUCCUUUUGGCGCAGGAAGGAGGAUGUGUCCAGGAAUACUGUUGGCGUAUCAGAUGGUGCACUUCAUGUUGGCUUCUCUUCUUCACUCCUUUGAUUGGAAGCUUGGAGGAGGAAUGGAAUCAAAAGAUAUAGACAUGAGCGAGAAGUUUGGAAUUACUUUACGUAAGGCCAUACCUCUCAAGGCUAUUCCAAUUUCCAAUUAAAGUGUCUAUUAUGUAAUAUUGUUGUAAUGUUAUAAUUCCCAUGACUUUGAUGGACAAAAUACUUAUUAUGACUUUCAUAAUUUUCAGAAAACUGAAAUAAUCAAAAUGAUAAUUUUGUUUGUGAAAAAAAAAAA